UGAAUUCGCCUUGCAAACACUUGUGCAGUGUAGGAAAAAAGUAAAUAAAUGUUGCAUUCUGCUGUUGUUGAAGUACGCCAGCAUUUGUGCUGUGCAAAUGUUUUCUUAAAAUUUAAACAAUCUUUAAAUGAAACGGAAUCAUUGAAAAUUAAUGUGGACGAGAAUAAAGUGCAAUUACAAAAUCCAAAAUGUACUGCUGAGAUAUUUGUCAACAAAUACUUUACGAUUUUAGCGGGAACAUUUAGCAACUUAAUAGUUGAUGUGGAAAAUGCAGCCUUUCGUAUUAGCAUAAAAGAUGUAAAAAUAGAUGAUCCUCAAAAUCAAAAAGAUGAAAAAAUUGCUGGGCAAUUGAAUCUGGUGGAGCAGGACGUGGCAUCGGUGCUGUGUUGCAAUUGUAAGACAACAUUGGUAGCUCCACAAAAAUAUGAAAAAAUACGAGAAUUUCCCUCGGGAGCCAUAGAUGUAAGUGAAUUUUUUUGUCAUCAUGGUCCCUGUUUUAAAGAUGUUUUAGUGCCCAAGUCAAAGGAUUUGUUUUAUGGAUUUCAAUUUAUUGUGUUGAAUAGAGAAGUUGUAGAAAAUUCAACACGGGAAAAGGAAAAUCAUUUGUACUGUAAGAGAUGUUUGAGAUACUUAGGAGAAACCCUGUUUAAUGGCAAGGCAGCCAAAUUAUGGUGUGAUUCCUUACAUUUGGAUUUAAAAGGUAACAUAAUGGAUAUUUUGGCCUACAGCGCUCAAUCAAAAAUCCACAAACUUAUGCUAAAGGCCAUAGAAGAAACCUCAUUACCCUCACCGGAACCUUUGUUAAGAAAUAUGCAUUUUACCAAAGUCUUAUUGGAAGCUAGUUUUCCUGAUCGCCGCUCACAAUUUUUACUUGUUCAUAUUUUAGAAAAACAUUUGCCGGUUUUAAUUCUUGAACAAUGUGAGGAGAAGUUAACUAGAGGAUUAUCUACAAAUACUUGCAUAGAACUUAAGCCAUGUAAAGCCUUUAAAAUACUUUAUCGUUCGAUAGCAUCGGAAGACGAAGAAGCUGUCAACAACAAUGAUGAGGAGUUAAAUAAACGGCCACCAUUGCUAGAAUACUGGCAGCAGGAUAUUAAUAUUUUAAAAAUGAAAAUUUCACCUUUUCUAUUCAGCGCUUUUCAUGAAGAAUUAGGACAAAACAUUAAUGUUUUGCCCGAAAUUUAUCGCGUAAAUAAUGAUGACUUUUUACUAAGUUAUAUAUUUUAUUGAUUCAAAAUACUAUGAGACUGAAUUAAAAAAAAUGUAACGAUAAAAUGUAAAACCAAUUAAUUAGAUUUCUGAAUUAUAACCCAAGAAUAAAAUUAUUCUCUGGCAUAUUAAAAUAUUUAUUUAGAUAUGUAUAAUUCAUUUGUUCUGAACUCUGUUUGAAAAAAUAUUUUUUAUCGGCAAAUAACUCAAUUUAGAACUGAAAAAUUUCCAAUUUGUAAAACUAAUAAUAAGUAAAAGUGUUCCCCUUUAAAUCGAGUUUUGGAUUCCUUUUAAAAAAGUUUACUGUAAAUAAUAAAUGAUUUUCACCUGGCAAAUUUGUACUUCCCUUAAAAGCUAUAUAAAAUUAGAACAAUU